AUGCCCACCGCCAACUUGGCUUCGUCCUCCUUGUCACGGCGCAUAAUCGCCUCUCCCUCACUUGCCGCCAGGCGCUUGAAGCUCUCCUUGUCACGCAGCAGCGCGAGCACGGCGGCGCUGCACAGGUCGUCCUGCUGGCGCAGCAGUGCGGCGGUGAGUGGUGGCAUGAAACGACGCAUUCACAAGAGGUGCGUUAAUGCAAAUCUGACUUCUUUUCCCGUUUUUGCCUUGUUUUCUCUCGUAUGUUCUUCGAUGCCCCCGCGCGUAUUUUAUUUCCCUCUUCUUUUUUUUUCCCCCUCCUCCCCCCCUCUCCUCCGCGUCUGUGGGUGA